AUGGAAUAUGGGGAACAGUGUGUGAUGAUGACUGGGAUCUCAUGUGUCUUUAUAUUAUUUGUGUGGAUAACAGCUGUCAGGUUGGUGAAUGGCAGUGACUCCUGUUCUGGACGAGUGGAGGUUCUCUAUAAUGGAACAUGGGGAACAGUGUGUGAUGAUUACUGGGAUCUGUCAGAUGCUGCAGUGGUGUGUAGAGAGAUGGGCUGUGGGAAUGUGAUCGAGGCAAAGAGUAAAGCUUAUUUUGGACAAGGAUCAGGACAGAUAUGGAUGGAUGGCGUGAAUUGUGCUGGGAAUGAGUCCUCACUAAAGAACUGUAAGACAAGAGGAUGGGGAAGACGUGACUGUGGACAUCAGAAAGAUGCUGGAGUCAUCUGCAACUAAAAAAACAACAACUUGUCUUUAUUAUUUGUGUGGAUAACAGCUGUCAGGUUGGUGAAUGGUGGUCACUCCUGUUCUGGACGAGUGGAGGUUCACUAUAAUGGAAUAUGGGGAACAGUGUGUGAUGAUUACUGGGGUCUGUCAGAUGCUGCAGUGGUGUGUAGAGAGAUGGGCUGUGGGAAUGUGAUAGAGGCAAAGAGUUUUGCUUAUUUUGGACAAGGAUCAGGACAGAUAUGGAUGGAUGAUGUGAAUUGUGCUGGGAAUGAGUCCUCACUAAAGAACUGUAGGACACCUGGAUGGGGAAGACAUGACUGUGGACAUCAUGAAGAUGCUGGAGUCAUCUGCAACUGUGAGUUUAAAACAUACAUAAUUGAAGUACAAAUUUAAUAUUUUACAUUUUCUUUUUUUAAAGGGGUCAUGAACUGCAUUGUUUUAUUGUUUUAUAAUGUUUCCUAGGGUGCACUUAUAAUGUUAGUAUGGUUUUACAUCAAAAAUUGUCAUAAUUUAGAAAUCAAAGGCAUUUUUCCUACUCUCAUUUUUCCUCUUAUUUGAACGCUCUGUUUUAAGGGGCGUGUCUGCUAUGAGACUUCAGUGUAAACGCCCACUGCUGUGAUUGGCUAACAUCUUUGCAUAUGAAAUAGCUAAGUAUUACUCUCUCGAAAACUUUUAACACGUUUUUACUAUUACAGCUCUCAAGGUUAACUAAUCGUAAAAAGUGUUGGUUAUAGCAUUACAUCUAUGAGAUCUUUUAGAUCUAUGGCA